AUGGCAACCCUUAAGGACAAGCCAAUUGUACCCGCUGCAGAAGAGGCACUGGUUCCAAACAAUAAGAUCACUGUGGUCCGGGUUGGACAAGCGGGUAUGGCAUGUGCCAUCAGCAUUCUGGGAAAGUCCCUGGCUGAUGAACUGGCCCUUGUGGAUGUUUUGGAAGAUAAACUCAAAGGAGAAAUGAUGGAUCUGCAGCAUGGGAGCUUAUUUCUCCAGGCACCUAAAACCGUAGCGGAUAAAGAUUCCUCUGUGACGGCCACUUCUAAGACCGUGGUGGUGACUGCAGGAGUCCGUCAGCAAGAGGCGGAGAGUCGGCUCAAUCUGGUGCAGAGGAAUGUCAAUGUCUUCAAGUUCAUUAUUCCUCAGAUCGUCAAGUACAGCCCCGACUGCAUCAUAAUUGUGGUGUCCAACCCAGUGGAUAUUCUUACAUAUGUUACCUGGAAACUAAGUGGAUUGCCCAAGCACCGUGUGAUCGGAAGUGACUGUAACCUGGAUUCUGCUGGAUUUCGCUAUCUGAUGGCUGAAAAACUUGGCAUUCAUCCCAGCAGCUGCCAUGGAUGGAUGUUGGGAGCGCAUGGAGACUCGAGUGUGGCCGUGUGGAGUGGCAUGAAUGUGGCAGGGGCUUCUCUCCAGGAACUGAACUGA